AGCGUCCAACAAAAAAUAAACGCCAUAUUGGCAGAAAUACGGAAGGAAAGACCAGGAUUCAGCUCUUUGUCUCUGUAAUUUCUUACCAAGAAUUAAUUUUGCAGUCUCAUCACUGAAAGAGUCACUGACAAUGUAAACUAAUGAGAGGAGAAUGGAUGAGGAUUUUAGAAAACCUGGGAACACGAGAGAGAGCUCAAAACUGUUCCAAAGCUUAUUUCCAGGAUGUGUCAGAUCAAGUUACAGUGAAGAUGAAGAUUCUCUCAUUCUGCCACAGCUCCAGAGCCAGCUCCCCUCUCCCUGGUUUUAUUGUUUUCUUCCUUAUUUGUUAUGUUCACAGGAUGGAAUCAGCACAGUUCACAGUGAUUGGACCCCAUGACCCUGUCACUGCCAUCCUGGGUCAGGAAGCUGUGUUACCCUGUCACCUGUCCCCCAGGAUGAGCGCUGCAAACAUGGAGGUGAGAUGGUUCCGAUCUGAGUAUUUAUCCAUUGUGCACCUGUAUCGUGGGAAGGAUCAGUAUGAUGGGCAGAUGCCACAGUAUCAGGGAAGGACAGAGCUUUUGAAAGCCGGACUCACAGAUGGGAAUGUUUCCUUGAGGAUUCUCAAUAUCAGACGCUCUGAUGAAGGACAAUACCACUGCUUUGUUCAAGACGAUACUUUUUAUGAAGAAACCGUAUUGGAACUGCGGGUAGCAGAUCUGGGCUCUGCUCCUCUCAUCUCUGUUGAGGGUCAUCAGGAUGGAGGGAUCCGGAUGGUUUGUCGAUCAGCUGGUUGGUACCCAGAGCCUGAGGUGCUGUGGAAAGAUCUCAGUGGACGACAUUUACCAUCACUCUCUGAAACAAAAUCCCGAGGGAAUAAUGGCCUGUUUGAAACAGAAACUGCGAUCAUUGUAACAGAACAUGCAAACCAAAACUUGUCCUGUUGCAUCAGGAACACCUUUCUCAAUCAAGAAAAGGAAUCAGCAGUUUAUAUAGCAGAUCCAUUUUUCCCAAGGGUGAAUUCCUGGAUGGUGGCUCUCAGUGUGAUUCUGGUGGUUUUGUUUGGUUUCAUUGGACUCACUGUUUAUCUCUUUAAAAUAAAAGGUAAAUAUCAGAGGGAGAAAUAUACUGUAUAUAAAGACAAACGAGAUAACGAAAUAAGCAAGUUACAUACAGAAAUUGGCAAACGAGAUAACGAAAUAAGGUGGAGAAGAUCUGUGGCACCUAUAGAAGAAGCGAACGUGACUCUGGAUCCAGACACGGCUUAUCCAGAGCUUGUCUUGUCCGAGGAUCGGAAAAGUGUGAGAUGGGGAGACACACGACAGCAUCUGCCCGACAACCCUGAGAGAUUUGACACUGAGCCCUGUGUGCUGGGCUGUGAGGGAUUCACCUCGGGGAGGCAUUGCUGGGAGGUGGAGGUGGGGGAUGGGGGAUACUGGGCAGUGGGGGUGGCCAGAGAGUCUGUGAGGAGGAAGGGAUGGAUCAGUCGUAGCCCUGAGGAGGGGAUCUGGGCUGUGGAGUGGGGGGGUCAGUUCCAGGCUCUCACCUCCCCUGUGACCUCCCUGCCCCAGCGCCGGGCCCCCAGCAGGAUCCGGGUUUGCCUGGACUGUGACCGGGGGCAGGUGACAUUUAUCGAUGCUGGUGACGAGGCCCCGAUCUUCACUUUCCCGCCAGGCUCCAUCCCUGGGGAGAGAAUCCAACCCUGGCUCCGGGUGGGGCCAGGAUCCCGGCUCAGACUGUGUCCCUGA